AUGCGCACUUCUUGGCCUUUUCAUACUUGGGGGCUUGACUUGAUCGGAACUGUUCACCCACCUUCCAACGGCUAUAUAUGGAUUCUUACAGCCACUGAGUAUUCCACAAAGUGGGUUGAGGCGGUUCUUCUUUGGAAGGCCACGGGGGAUGCAAUUGCAAAUUUCAUCCAUGAAUACAUCGUGUGCAGGUUUGGAAUCCCAUAUAAGAUCGUCAUCGACAAUGGCACCCCGUUUUUCAACAAGCAAGUAAGUUCGACACUUAGUGGCUAUGGUGUCAUGCAUCGUCGCUCCUUGCCGUAUUACCCACAAGGAAAUGAUCAAGCGAAGGCCACAAAUAAAACUUUAUUAAGGAUCCUCAGCAGAACGGUCUACAAGUAUGAAUGA